UCAUGAAGCGCCGCCGGAAGACAUCGAUGGUGGAGUAUCGCAUCCAUUCAAGGGAAAGGUCUGACAGAGACCGAUACUGCGGCUUAAUGGAGAGCUGAGACCGAAUAUGAGAUUCACGUCCUUAAUGAUGUACAUAUCGUCGGUCCUGGGAUUCGUUUUCUAUGUCUAUAUAACCGGAUUUGCUCUUGCCGCACCUCGCAUCAGCCUCUACGAUGCGUCGCCUAUUUCCACCGACACGCCUCGCCGUUUACCGGACAGCAGGUUCGCUUUGACGCCGCCGUCUGCCAUUGUUCCCCCCGGCUCCGCGGCGACUCGCACCCCGCAGACCGCCACGCUCUCCCCCGCCACGAAAGCGAUAGCCGACUCGGGUGCUUCCAGGUUAACCCCCCCUCAGAAAAGAUCCGCAGACCCCCACGCAUCAUCGCUCUCUACCCCGGAGAAAAUCCUCCAGACUAUGACGUCCGUGGUCUCUCCGCGUUCGGCCAACGAUGCGUGGUCUGCGGAUAGGAUGGACGCAUCUGUUACAUCCAUGGAGAGCAGCCAAGACGGCUUAUGUAACUGCAGCACUGCAGGAGAGGGGAUUUUGUAUCCUGAUGAGUGUAACCAGAGCACCGGUCAGUGCUCAUGUCUGGACGGCUACAGUGGUCUGCAGUGUGAAGACUGUGAGGAGGGCUACUUCACCAACGGCACCAGUGGCUGCCUACCCUGCACCUGUGACUCCUUUGGUGCAGUGAGCCACCUGUGUGACAGCUCAGGGAUAUGUGCGUGCAAGCCGGGAGUGUAUGGACCCAAGUGUGACGAGUGCCACCCAGGAUUCUUUUACUUCAGCAGUACUGGCUGUCAACCCUGCCAGUGUCAAAACCAAACCAACUACUGCCACCCACAGUCAGGUGUGUGUAUGAACUGUGAGGGCAACACUCAGGGGUCCAACUGUGAGGAGUGCAAGCCUGAUCAUUACCGCAGCCCCGGCACUCCAUUGACUGAAGCCUGUGUUCCAUGUCCCUGCUCCAACGCCUCCUCUACUGGCGCCUGUCACACUGAUCCCAGCGGCUCCCCAGUAUGUGACCAGUGCCUUCAGAACCACACGGGCCCGCUGUGUGACCGGUGCAGCGCGGGCUUCUACAAAGCGUCCGGAGCCUGCGUGUCAUGUGACUGCAGCGGGAACGUAGACCUUCAGCGCACCGCCCAGGUGUGCCACCCCGACACGGGCCUCUGCCUCAGCUGCAUCAACAACACCAGCGGGGCCCGCUGCCACCUUUGUGCUCCUGGAUUCUCAGGGGACGCCCUGGCUCACAACUGCAGCCGACUAACACUUGUCACCACAGCAGAGGUCCCCAACUCCAGCACUUCCUCCUUCGGCGGCAGCCUGACGACCGCCCGGGCGAGAGUCACCUCGGCCCCGACGCACGGCGGCAACCGGAGCACGACCGCCGCGCCCCAGGCCACGCUGACCAGCCUGGGAGUCCCGGCGGACAACACCACGGCGUCGCUGACCGACGUCUCCUGGACGCAGUUCAACGUCAUCAUCCUGGCCGUCAUCAUCCUGGUGGUGGUGGUGCUGCUGGGCUUCGUGGGCGGCGUCUACACCUACAGAGAAUACCAGAACCGCAAGCUCAACGCGCCCUUCUGGACCAUAGAACUGAAGGAGGACAACAUCAGCUUCAGCAGCUACCACGACAGCAUCCCCAACGCCGACGUGUCCGGCCUGCUGGAGGACGAGGCCAACGAGGUGGCGCCCAACGGUCAGCUGGCGCUCAGCACGCAGGGGAACUGCUACAAGGCCUAGCGUCCGCCGCGGAAAGGCCCUCCUCACACAACGCUGCUGGAACGUACCAAAUCCAAAGCUCCUCCCUCCCGGCUGACGCCUGCGACGCUUCACGAAGUGACAAAAGAAGUUUUCCCUUCUCGGCGAAGCGUCCAAAGAAAUGACGGGCAAUCAGGAGGACUGACAGGAGGCGAGCAUUUUCAAAUAUGGACUGUUUUGAGUCGAAAGGCCAUCACUCAAACCGAGACAAUGAUUGUUAUUUAAUGAAUUUGUAUUAUUAUUAUUAUUAUUUAUUGCUUCUUGGGAGGAAAUGCUGCACAUGUUUAUUUGAUCUCAUUUGAUGUUUUGUGUCUUUGCUUUCCAGAGAGGGAACCAUGAAGGCUGCCGACACAUGUUUAUACUUCCUUGCCGGCACGCCUGAAGUCACCUCCGACACUUUCUUUCAGCCAGCUUUUCACCAACCCAGCUGCAGGCCAGUGACUUACAUCAGGGGUGUCCAUUGAGGGCCGCACACUCAAAAAAAUCAAAGCGUGCGCCGGCCAUUUUGAUAUUUUUUGCUUUCGAAAACCAAUACCAAUUUUUUUUAACAUAAGUGCUGCCCUCAAGUUUGGUCCCGGAGACCUGGACAGGGCCUCAGUCAUAAAAAUGUUAAAAAUAAGUUGUGUAUUAUUAUUCAUUAUUAUUAUUUUUAUUCAAUGCUUAAAUCUCUCAAUCUACUUCACUUCAGGUCCAUCUG